GAGUCCCUGGGUGUCCCCGUGGUGGGUCCAAUUCUCCACCGUGUGGUGGGACCCAUCUACAUCUUUGCUGUGACACAUAUCGUGGAGAGGCCCUGGACAAACGCCAGGUCUCAGUUGGUGGCACAGGAGCUGCUGGCGUCGCUGAUCCGGGCUGCAGACUGCGAGUCAGUGGCUGAAUUCCUUCGAGGACAGAAUGAAGAUGAGGAGGGGAGAUUUGCAGCAGUGAUGGGGCUCCUGAAACGGGAGUUAACCAGAGACACCUGGAAGUGUGACCCCUCCACAAAGCACGUGUUCUCCUGGACACUGUUUCAUGUCACCCGGCCCUGGCUCAGCCGGUACCUGGAGCGUGUCCUCCCGCCAGCGCUGCUCCUCUCGGACGACUACCAGGAGGAGAAUAAGCUCCUGGGUGUGCGCUGCCUGCACCAUAUCAUUCUGAACGUGCCAGCUGCUGAUCUGUGCCAGUUCAACAGGGCUCAGGUUGUGUACCAUGCCCUUUACAACCAUCUCUACUCACGUGAGGCUCCUCUCAUCCAGGCAGUACUGCUGUGCCUGCUGGACUUGCUGCCGAUCCUGGAGAGAGCCCAGCGGCAGCAGCAGGAGACGAGACCGACCGCUCGCUGCGAUGAGGUGCUGCAGCUGGUUCUGACGCACAUGGAGGCAGAGCAUCGCCUGGCGCUGCGGCGGGUGUACGCCAGGACCCUGCCUGCCUUCGUGCAGAGACUUGGCAUCCUGAUCGUGCGGCAUCUGAAGAGGCUGGAGCGAGUUAUCCUGGGGUAUCUGGAAGUCUGUGAUGGUCCUGAGGAAGAAGCCCGACUGGGAAUACUGGAGACACUGCAGUGCACCAUAGAGCAUGCCUGGCCCAGGAUGCCGUGCAGGCUCCCUGUGCUCCUCCAAGCCCUGCUGAAGAUGAUGUGGGACGUACACACUGACCAAAGCUCAACGCCACAGCCAGUAAAAACUGCUUUGCUUCAAGGGGCCACUGAAUGCCUCAUCCUGCUGGAUCGCUGCUCUGAAGGGCAAGUGAAGGUCCUGCUGGAAGGUGUGUACAGCAGCUGUGAGGAGAACAGCCUGAAGGAAUGCCUCAGAAAAGUGCAGGAGAACACGUGAGCCGUGUCUGAUCAAUGCUCACCCGCUUUUUGUACAGUAAAAUUCAUUUAUUUAUUUAA